AGCGCGCGGCUCCGGUGGCUGCCCUGCACUGUGCAGCGAGGAGUGGGGAUGCCAACAUGGCUACAGACCUCGGCGAAUUGCUGGUCCCCUACAUGCCUACCAUCAGAGUGCCCAAGACCGGAGACAGAGUAUUCAAAAGCGAGUGCGCCUUCUCCUUUGACUCCCCGGAAUCUGAGGGAGGCCUGUAUGUGUGCAUGAACACAUUCCUGGGCUUUGGACGAGAACACGUGGAGAGACACUAUCGCAAAACAGGCCAGAGUGUUUACAUGCACCUCAAGCGACACAUCAAGGAAAAAUCCACAGGAGCUGCAGGAGGUGCAAUUCCCAGGCGACGGAAUGGAAAAGUAUUUUUAGAUUUAGAGCUAAACCGUGAUUUUAACGGUGAGGACUAUGAGUACGAGGACGAGGCCAAGCUUGUAAUAUUUCCAGACCACUUUGAGAUCGCCUUACCAAAUAUUGAGGAGUUACCCGCUCUGGUAACCAUCGCCUGUGAUGCAGUGCUCAAUGCGCCGUCAGCCUAUAAAAAACAGGAGCCUGAAUCCUGGGAGGAGGAGAUCCAAGUAUCCAGACACGCCAGAAGCCUCAGACAGCCGGACAAUGGAGUCAGAAUCCCCCCAAGUGGCUGGAAGUGUCAGAAGUGCGAGAUGAGAGAGAACCUGUGGCUGAACCUGACGGAUGGCACCAUUCUCUGCGGGAAGUGGUUCUUUGAUGGCAGCGGUGGGAACGGCCACGCUCUGGACCACUACAAAGAGACCAAACACCCGCUGGCUGUCAAACUGGACACCAUCACCCCAGAUGGAGCAGAUGUUUAUUCGUUUGAGGAAGAGGAAGCCGUGUUAGACCCACAAUUAUCGGAUCACCUCUCCCACUUUGGAAUAGACAUGCUACAGAUGCAAAAAAAAACAGAGAAUGGCCACCACACAGACAAUAAUGCCCGGCCACGCGUCAGCGAGUGGGAAGUGAUCCAAGAGUCGGGCAUGAAACUGAAAGCGGUGUACGGUUCCGGUUACACGGGCAUCAAAAACCUCGGCAACAGCUGCUACCUUAGCACAGUCCUGCAGGUUCUCUUCAGCAUCCCAGACUUCCAGAGGAUGUAUGUUGGGAACCUUCAGAGGAUAUUUGACUAUUCACCUCUCGACCCCACACAGGACUUUGCCACACAAAUGGCUAAAGUGGGCCAUGGGCUCCUCUCAGGCCAAUACUCCAAACCACCCAUGAAAUCUGAACUCAUUGAACAGGUGAUGAAAGAAGAAUACAAGGUAUUAAACCGGCACCAACAGAAAGGCAUCUCCCCCCGGAUGCUGAAGUCUCUGGUUAGCCGGGGACAUCCGGAGUUUUCCUCCAACAGGCAACAAGAUGCACAAGAAUUCUUCCUGCAUAUGAUCAACUUGGUGGAGAGAAACAGUACGAGCUCAGAGAAUCCAAGUGAUGCCUUCCGUUUCCUGGUGGAGGAGCGAGUCCAGUGCUGCCAGUCACGCCGGGUUCGAUACUCUCAGCGGGUGGACUACUGCAUCCAGCUGCCAGCCCCCGUCGAGGCCGCAACCAAUCGAGAGGAACUGUUGGCAUACGAGGCCAAGCGGAGGGAAGCCGAGGAGAACACGAGAGCCCCCCCUGAGCCGGUGAGGGCUCGCAUCCCUUUCACCGCCUGCCUGCAGGCCUUCACUGAGCCUGAGAACGUGCCCGACUUCUGGAGUUCGGCGCUGCAGGCAAAGUCAGCCGGAGUCAAAACAUCCCGCUUUGCCUCAUUUCCCGAAUAUCUGUCAGUCCAAAUCAAGAAGUUCACAUUUGGAGUUGACUGGGUGCCCAAGAAACUAGAUUUGGGCAUUGACGUACCAGACUUCCUGGAUCUGAGCCGCCUGAGGGCCACAGGGCUGCAAUCAGGUGAAGAGGAGCUUCCUGACCUCAUGCCGCCCAUUGUGCUGCCUGAAGACACCAGAGAUAACUCCAUGAGCUCCUUAGAUUCUCCGGAAAUAGAUGAGGCAGCAGUAAUGCAGCUGGCAGAGAUGGGCUUCCCGCUAGAAGCCUGCAGAAAGGCCGUCUACUAUACUGGCAACAUGGGUCCCGAGAUGGCCUUCAACUGGAUCAUAGCCCACAUGGAGGAGCCUGACUUUGCCGAGCCUCUCACGUUGCCCUCCAUGUUGGGCCCGGACCCUUUCAGCAGUGCAGAUAGUCCCGUGGGCGCCACCCCGCUGGACAACUCUCCCCCCGAGGAGAGCAUUGCCAUCCUCACUUCAAUGGGCUUCCCUCGCUCUCACACCAUCCAGGCGCUCAAAGCCACGAAUAACAACCUUGAAAGAGCGCUGGAUUGGAUCUUCACCCACCCAGAGGAGGAGGAGAGCGACGCCCUUUCCAACAUGGCUGACACGGAGCCCAAUGACAACGCUUUCUCCAAUGCAAACUCGCACAGCGACUCCACAUUGUCUCCAGACAGGGAGACGUCGGGACCGCGUGUCAAAGACGGACCGGGACGUUAUGAGCUCUUCGCCGUCAUCAGUCACAUGGGAGCAUCCACAAUGUCUGGACACUAUGUUUGUCACAUUAAAAAAGAAGGCCGGUGGGUGAUCUACAACGACCACAAAGUGUGUUUAUCAGAAAGGCCUCCAAAAGACUUGGGCUACAUCUACUUUUACCAUCGACUAUCAAGCAGUUAAGGUGAUCAUCCAUCAUCUCCCCUUAAACCAAUGAACCACAGUCAUCCAUCCACCUGGGAGAAUGGCUCCCAACAGUACCCACAACCUCAGUGGUAACCAUGGAACCGCCACCUCACACCAUCUACCCGCCUUAACCAUGAGGUCAGUGAGGAGCAACUCUGUUCACAAAGGGAAAGUCAUGUGCUCUUAUACUAGCGUUUUGUUCUGUUGAGUUUCAAUGUGCUUGUUGUUGUUGUCUACAGUCACAACAGAGGGACAUGUGCAAUGUUUGGUGCCCAAAACGUAAUGCAACAUCUUAUCCCACUGGUACCUCUGCUUUCAGAUCAUGUCAGUAUUUUCCAAAAGGUACAUUUUGUAUAUGUAUUGUAAUAAGUAAAGAUACUGCCAGAGUUUUAACGCCAACAGGUUUUGAGAUGUCAAAACUGUGCAAUUAGUUCAUUUAUUUUGUUUAUUUCGGAAUCGGAAUAUAAAGAAUAUUUUUUGCCCCAUCUUUGAAAUUGAUAAAUAUUCAGACACUGGAGAAAGAAUUCCUUCUUUGUGGAUUUAUAAUAGCUCAACACUAACCCAAUUUAAUUUGCUAUUGUGCCACGUUUAGUAACAAAAACCCAGCACUGUAAGAGUUUUCAAAAUGGAAGGAUUUUUCUUCACUGAAAGCACUUUUUUGCAACAAAAGUAUUUUGCACCCCAAACACAAGCAGAGUCGGAAGUGAAUGUGAUUGUUUAAAAUAUCAACUCCAGUCCAAGAGAGAAACUAUAAUUUAUGUUGAGGUCCUUGCAACUUCACUUUGGGUCCUUUGUAACGGAUUAAGCCGAUGCCACUGCAGUACACAAAAAAGAAUGUUUUCUUCUGCCUGCAAUAUUUUUUUAUUUGAUUCAUCUAUGCAUAUCAUCAUCAGUGUUUAUGUCCAAAGACAUGCAGUACAACCAAACCUACUGGAUUGUGUCAAAGUCAAAGUCUGCUUUAUUGUCAACGUCUUCACAUGCCGAGACACACAAAGAGAUCGAAAUUACGUUUUCUCUAUCCCACGGUGACAAGACCUGAAUGUAAAAAUUCAAACAAUAACUCAAAACAUCUGUUGGUAAUACAAGGUAAGACUCGAAAAGAUUGGACGCCUUAUACCAAAACGGUUUGUAAUUACCUAUUGAUGCCACAAGGUGGUAGCAAAGCAUGACUUAUGUCAAAAAAACUCCUCAACUAACUCCGAUAGUUAACAAUAUGGUAAUUUUCCAGGCUGAACCAUGGUUAUGUGGGGGUUCAAUGUACACCGACCGUAUUUCCUCCGCUUGAGUUUGACUUUCUGAUUUUCCAAGAAUUUGGGGGGGAGCAUACAGUGAUUUUUUUUUCUCUGUUUUGUCAAGUGUUUUCCUUGGCCCCCUCAAGGAAAGUGUCUCACCCUUAAAGCGAGUUCUGCUGAUUUUUAACCUCCAGUCAUAUUUAGAACUUGAUAUUCAUAUUUACCAAGAGGAAAGCCUAUUAUCACAAUAUCAGUCAGUAUAGCAUCUCGGGUUACUGACGUCUCUCCUUAAGGGCCAAUAUAAGAUUUCAGCGGUGCUUCCCUUCAAUAAUGCCGUGCCUACAAAGUCCAUGAGCAAGUUUAAAUGCAGUCCAAUGUAAAAAUCUGGGUAAUUCCCCCGGCAGUGAGGAACUGAUCAAGCAUCUCUAUGCAAGUCUGGCAUUUCCCACCCACUGUGUCACAUGGUUGGUUGUCACGUGGAUCAGUGGCCGCCCGGUGACGUCGUCUCCAAGGUGUCGAGUGGUGAAUGUCUUCUUAGCUUCUGUUGUCAGGUAAUAUUCUGUUAAUCUCCAAGCAUCCGAUUAUGUUAACGUGCGUGUGCAUUCGGUCUGAGCUUUCCCUUCCAGCUGUUGUUCAAAAUAGGGUUUAGUUCGUCUCCACUGUUAGUAUGUGCACUAAACAUCUUAGUUAUUUGCAUUGUAAGAUUAUACUUUGCUGGGCUUUCUUUUCAUGUAACUAAAUGUUCAAGUGGUUCUCUGUUGCCUUUUUUUGGAAACAGAUUCAGUUUUCCUUAAGAGAUUGUUUUACCUUGACUUUUGAAAUGUAUGCAUUUAUCCAGAUAUGGCUUAGCCGUAUGUGAAUAGUCAUGCCAAUAUGUUCAUUGGCACUAUUUACUUACGAUGUUUGGGUAAUUUAAUAAACAACACUUUGUCCACUCUU